AUGUCGUCGUCGGCGGAGAACGACCCCACGGUGACGGUGACCGAGCGCGGCAAGGACAAGCACGAGGACGGCGGCGACAAGGAGCAGGGCGGCGGCGGAUUCAUCGAGAAGGUGAAGGACUUCAUCCACGACAUCGGCGACAAGAUCGGGUUCGGCAAGCCGACGGCCGACGUGUGCGGCAUCCACAUCCCGCACAUCAGCCUCCACCGCGCGGACCUCGUCGUGGACGUGCUCAUCAAUAACCCCAACCCGGUGCCCAUCCCGCUCGUCGACAUCGACUACCUCAUCGACAGCGACGGCCGCAAGCUCGUGUCCGGCCUCAUCCCCGACGCCGGCACCAUCCACGCGCAUGGCCAGGAGACCGUCAAGAUCCCCGUCUCGCUCGUCUUCGACGACAUCAAGAGCACCUACAAGGAUAUCCAGCCCGGCAGCAUCAUCCCCUACCUCGUCCGCGUCGUGCUCCUCGUCGACGUCCCCAUCAUCGGCCGCAUCAAGAUCCCGAUCCAGAAGGACGGCGAGAUCCCCGUCCCGUACAAGCCCGACGUCGACGUCGAGAAGAUCAAGUUCCACCACUUCUCCUUCGAGGAGACCACCGCCACGCUCCACCUCAAGCUCGAGAACAAGAACGACUUCGACCUCGGCCUCAACCUACUCGAGUACGAGAUGUGGCUCGGCGACGACAGCAUCGCCUCCGCUGAGCUCACCCAGACCGCCAAGAUCGAGAAGCAGGGGAUCACCAGGAUGCAGGUGCCCUUCAGCUUCAGUCCCAAGGACUUUGGAUCCGCUGUCUGGGACAUGAUCAGGGGGAGGGGCACGGGAUACACCAUCAAGGGCAAGAUUGAUGUCGACACUCCCUUCGGCAACAUGAAGCUGCCCAUAAGCAAAGAGGGUGGAACCACCCGCAUCAAGAAGGACGACGACGACGACGACGACGACGAUGACAACUGA